GAACACUUCUGUGUGGCAACGGCAUGUGACAUUUUCCUUUUUUUAGGAGUUUUGUUUGAGAUCUGUUUCCACGGUACUACGAAUUUUAUUCUCCGCAUGUUUGGAGGUUUUUCACUUUUGUAAAUAAUUGACUCAAUUUUAAAAGAACAAGACCAAAAUAUAACCCAAGAUGUGUGCACAAAAGAUUGAAGAUGUCAUUUUGACUGCCACAAAAAUGGUUGAAGAUCAGAUAGAUGCUGAAAUUGAAAAGUUGGAUCGGAUGGAAGAUGAGGAACUCCAAGCCUUGGAGCGGAAAAGAGCUGCAGCUUUAAAAAAACAUUUAAAAGAGAAAGAACAAUUACUUCAGCAAGGUCAUGGUGCUUACUCUGAACUAGCAGAUGAAAAGGAGUUUUUUGAAGCUACGAAGAAAAGUAAUAAGGUUGUUUGUCACUUUUAUCGCAGCAGUACAAUGCGUUGUGCAAUUGUUGAUAAACAUUUGCAGGCUUUGGCCCCUAAACAUGUCGAAACUAGGUUUUGCAAAAUAAAUGCUGAAAGCUCUUUCUUUUUAGUACAGCGCUUAAAUGUUCGAGUACUGCCAACAAUAGUACUUAUUAAAGAUGGAAAAACUGUUGAUUACAUAAUAGGAUUUGAUGAUCUUGGAGGUGUUGAUGAUUUCUCAACUGAAAUGAUGGAAUGGCGUAUUGCUAGGGCACAUGUUAUAAAUUAUUCUGGUGACUUAUCUGCUCCUCCAGGUAAAAAUAAAAAACCAACAAAUCCAUUACUGAGAUACAAGCCCAAAACCAUUCGUGGUGGCAAUGAUGAUAGCGAUAGUGACUAAAUUGAAUCGGUUUCAUUUCAGCAACAUUCCUUCAUAUAUUUUUUGAAUAUGCUUUUAAUAACAUUUUUGUUAAGACAAUAAAAUUUGAUGGUUUAACAUUGAAAGUGUAAUUUUUUCUUCUGUAACUUUGCAUAUCUUUCAGAUUGCUUCGAUCUUGAUUCAUUUUUAGUUUUUGCAUCUGUACCUUUUUGUAUGCACAUCUGAUGUACAAGUAUCAUAUACUAAUUAAAAUUAUUUUUAAAA